AUGGUGGGCUGGCGGUUGACGUGUCGAGAUUACGCGCCGCCACGCCAGGGUUCGACUCCCGCUGGGAUGGGAACACCUUUAGAGAAGCAAGGCUGUGUGGAGUUGAAUGGAAACGCAAGGCUUGAAGUAUGCGAUCUACACGCUCGGCACGCCGAUGCUGCAGGCCCGCAACCUUGGGUUCGACUUCCAAGCGGCGAAUGGAAGGCACUCGUGCAUAAAACCCCCAUCGUGGAUGGAGGCAGGAUCGUUGGAAAGCCCUUCUCUUGGGCCAUAGUUAUCCUCCCUCCCGUCCGGCCGGAGACGCUGGAUACUCUUGCUCCGCUGACACGAACAGGAGCCCCUCCGUCCGUCCCCGUUGUCGUGGCGACCAGACAGACCACUCUCGUCCCCGUCCCCUCCAAGGGGUACAGGCGCCAACCCCCCCUUGGCGAUGGGGCUCGAUGGGGGAGGACCGGCGAGCAAAGUUGGUGA